CUUCUAUUAAGCAAAAAUCUACCUUACCACUUUGGGUUAAGGUGGAAUAUAUUUUCUUUAUAAUUCCAUGCAAAUAAUAACAAAUAAUCAAAUCAUCCUCAAACGAAUACAAAAACGAGUCAUACGAUACGAUUCUAUGUACUCAAGUAAUUAUUUUUAUCAAAACAUUAACAAAUUAUCAUCUUAUCGACCCUUACAAACAAUAUUCGCGAUCUUUGGAUAUCAGUGCUAAUUUAAAUGACGUCACACGAUGCUAACAUCUGCAUAUUAUGACAAUUUUGCAAUGCAAACUACUCAGUUUGUUGUCUAGCUAAUUUUAGCUAGUUUCAUAGCAUGUUUAUCUCUGUAAGCGUGGAAGUGCAGUGGUUUUCUAUACAAAAUGGAUAGUAAUAGUGAAACAAGUGAUAAAAAAGUGGAGGAUGAACAAAGAAAAGAGUUGGCGCCCCAUCAGAAAAUUUGUCUAGUAUGUGGCGACAAGGCGUUGGGGUAUAAUUUCAACGCGAUAUCCUGUGAGAGUUGUAAGGCAUUCUUCCGUCGUAAUGCUUUAACAAGCAAGGAGUUUAAAUGCCCCUUCUCUAACAACUGCGAUAUUACGGUUAUAACUCGGCGUUUCUGCCAAAAAUGCCGUUUGGAAAAAUGUCUAGCCAUUGGCAUGGUGAAAGAGUUUAUCAUGUCAGACGAGGACAAAGCAGAGAAACGGAGAAAAAUAGAAGAGAAUAGAGCUAAAAAGAGACAGCGGGACCCGGAUGAGGAUAUCACUAGCUCCAAAAACUUUAAGCGAGAUGAUGAUGUUAGAAGCACCUUUACUCCUCAAACACAAGAGUCUGUGAUACAAUAUGAUGUCCUAAACAGUACUACGUGUAGCCCUAAUAGUACCGUACAAUCUCCGCUUGGCAAUGAGGUUGAUUCAUUAAGUUCCCCACCAGGUUAUGGGUCCUAUGUUCCAGUUCAGAGCGCAGAUCACCCGUACACAAUGAAGGUGUAUCCGAUGGAUGAGAAAACUCAGUAUGAUCCAAGGAUGAUGGAGUCAUACAAUAUGUGUGAUAGUAUGAUGUCUAUUGAAAGUAAUAUGUAUGAACAGCCAAAGCAGAACAGUAUAAGGUCAAUACUGACGAAUGGCGAUGUAAUCAACCGGGAAGCGAAGCCGCUUCACAUGUGCGAGGAACUGCCGUCCACGAGCACUGAUCCUGACAUCAAUAAAGCUAGGGAUAUAUUGCAAGACGUGGAACGAAUAGAGCCAAAUUCAAUGGAGUCCAUACUGUGCGAGGCGAUUAAACUGGAGUUUGAAGCGUACACCUCCGUUAAUAACUGCAGUGGGUCGUCCAGAGAACUCAAUGAGGUGGAACGAGCGAAGUUAAAUGAGCUUAUAGUGGCCAACAAAGCAUUACACGCUCCUAUAGACGACGAUAUGUCGCAGCUUGUAGCCGCCGACUGUACUUCUAACCUCAAAGAUGGUGACGGUGUUCACGACCCGCGGCUAGUGACCAUUGUGAACCUUACGGCCAUAGCAAUAAGGAGGUUCAUCAAGAUGGCCAAGAAGAUAAACGCUUUUAAGAACAUGUGUGAAGAAGAUCAGGUGGCACUAUUAAAAGGAGGUUGCAUAGAGAUGAUGGUCCUGAGAAGUACAAUGACGUAUGAUGGACAAAUGAAUCAGUGGAAGGUACCUCACUCUCAAGAGCAGUUCGGCUGCAUCCGCACCGAUGUCCUAAAACUGGCAAAAGGCAACAUCUACCGCUCGCACGAAUCGUUCAUUCGUUCGUUCGACGCUCGCUGGAGACAAGACGAACAUAUAAUUUUGGUCAUGUCCGCCAUUUUGCUGUUCACCCCGGACCGGCCGAAGGUCGUGCAUCGAGAUGUUAUUAAACUAGAACAGAACUCAUACUACUACCUACUCCGCCGCUACCUAGAAAGCGUGUACCCGGGCUGCGAAGCGAAAUCCACGUUCCUCAAGCUCAUACAGAAGAUUCUAGAACUACGUAAACUUGCUGCAGAAGUUACGGGGGUUUAUCUAGACGUUAACCCCAUUGAGCCACUUUUGAUGGAGAUUUUUGAUUUGAAACACCAUCCUGCAUAGGGGGUGGACCCUCCUCGUGCCUCGGCCGAGGCACGUCUACAUUGGCCAUUUGCCGCGCGAGGAAAUUUACUCGCGGCGCUGCUCGCUCUGUGUGGACCCGCCUAAUUAUAUUCAAUACAAUUAUAAUAAAUAUGAUUUCAUGAAUGACUGAAUGGAAAUAUCUAUGUUUGUAUCAGAUUAACUAAUAAAAUUGUGACUCUGGCCAAAGAGAAUUUGAAGUACAGGUGGAUUGUCUAAGAACAUUUUGCCAUCUUCCGACACAUGAUUAAAACUUUUAGGACUCCAUUUGACUUUGAUCCUUAUUUUUUUACUGAUAUGUGUUAAAUUUGUUAAAUAUCAAAAAGUGGCGCAUCUAUUUUUUUUUUUUAUAUAUACCACGACGGUGGCAAACAAGCAUACGGCCCGCCUGAUGGUAAGCAGUCACCGCAGCCUAUGGAAUAAUAGAUCAACGGCCAAAGGAAUGGCAGCAUCAUUUCGAGAGAUGGCGCCAUAACCCUUAGGUUGUGCCCGGUAAGCUGUUAACACAUAUCAGUGAAAGAAUAAAGGUCAAAUAGACAUAUGUCAUUCUAAGAGUUUUAGUCCUGUGUUGAAAGAUGGCAGUAAUUUUGGUUGACUACAAAAUGUUCUUUAAUAUACACCUCUAUAUUAAAUUCUCUUUGCUACCUACCUAACAUGAUUAGGCAUCGGAUUUUAGGGAACAAAAUAUAAUAUCAGGGAGUUCCUAUAUCGAAAAACUCGAUUAUCGAUGAUUUUCCAUUGUACUAGUGAUCACUCGCAAGUUUUUUUUUUGUAAAAAUAUAAAUUUGUUUAAUGUAUAAAUCAAAAAUUUUCCCCCUAAUAUCCGAAUAAUAUAAGGGACCGUACAGCGCCAAUAACUGUCGCUCAAAAUCGCCUAAAAUAUGUUUUUACACUACGCGUCUUAAUAUUCUUUUUUCUAUUAAGUAUGUCAAUAUAUGUAUAUCAGGGUUCUGAACGAAAUUAUAAUGUAAGUUACAUUUAUAUCACAUAUCGUAACGUUACAUCACACGUUAUUUUGCUAUUUUGAUAGAAUAGGUUUUUUAUACAUUUUUUAAGAUACAUCCAUAUGAUGAAAUAUGAAAUAGGCCAGGGGUCAUCAAAUGGCUAGGUCCGCGGUCCGUCGGUCCGAAUAUGGACCGCGGACCUACUUUAUUUUUUUGCUUAUUUAAUAAACUCGAGCAGAAACGGACUGCGAUGGUCAUUUAGUUUUAGAACGGGACCCCUUAAGAAACUAAUUGGUGACCCCUGAAAUAUAGAGUAUAGAGGGGCUACCAAGAUCUCAUAAGAAAAUCCCAGGUAAAAUAAAGUGUAAAUUCAUAGUUGUUAUUGUUAGAGUUGAUAAUGAUUUACCCUCAUAAGGCCCACCGUGCAAAAUUUUGUUUAUUUUUAAUUUGAACCUUGUAUCGUAAUGCGCGUACUGCAUAUAGUUGCGGCAUACUGUUUUCUGUGUUUAGGUGUGCAAUAAUAGUUAUGAAUUCACGAUACACGUGCAGAAAAUAGAUAAUUCGCAACGAGUGGUGAUAAAUUAAAACGCGACCCAAGGGAGUGUUUUAAAUCGGCACGAAUUGCGAAUUAUCUAUUCGCACGUGUAUCGUACAAUGUUUAACAGUACAUAUGGCUCUUUACAGUUUCGAUAUAUGCACGGAAAGUGCUAAUUCCCGCACGCGUACUGUAAAGGGUAUUUAUUUAUAUUCAGCAAUGAAAAAAAAUAAAAGCUACUUUAUUUGGUUUAUGAAAGAUUUUUAAUUUGAUAUACCCCAUUUCAUUUACCAUGGCGGGAUUCCACUUGAGACGGUCAUUAAGCGUGAACAAUACAAGUAGUGACAACAAAAGAUACCCGGGAAACUAUUUUUGCGGCGUCGUGUCUUACAUUUAACUGUCCAGUCUUGAUCUUUUGUGUUAUUAUUUGACCACACGCUGGCUUUGAAGAGCAGGGCUCGUAAAGCAAUUGUUAAACAAUCGAUCAACAUUAUGGUUCUCUUCGUGCAGUUUCAAGUGGAACCCCGCCAUGGUAAAUGAAAUGGAGUAUAUUGUAAUGCACAUUGGGCCUUGAGAGAUUUAUUUUAACGCUGACUUAGCAUAUCGUUUAAAAUGACCAAUUUAUUUUAUUAUUUAACGUUUAAUCAUUUACUCAAAUCACAUUUAAUUAAGUUAUUGUUUUAUUUAUAUUUGUAUAUGAUUAAGUAAUCAUAAAACACUAGCAUAUGCUUAUUUUUUAUUAUGUUUUUUAUAAGUUUUACUGUAAGUAAAGAACCAUAUUACUUGAGUAGAAGGAACUAAAAAAUAUUUUAAUAAAUUAUUUAUUAAAGCAAUUCUUUACAUAAAUUUUAAAAUAUACGUGAAGUCAAUUACUAAAAAUAAGUACAUGAAGACGAAAAUAUGCCAAAAAUAUAUUAUUGUUAUUUUUAAUUCGGUUCAAUCAAAAAGAAAUAAGCUGAAGGUAUUUCAAUUUGGUUGACUCCUGUAGUUAGUUUGUUAGUUGCUUAAAUUAAUUUUAUUAUUGUGCCUAUGUUACUAGUAUCCGACCGAUUUUUUACCGAAACUAAAGGUUCGGUUUUCACCACAACAUAAUGUUUAUAUCAAAACUUAGACCGGAUACUGCCAACAGUUCCGGCACAGCCGAAAGUUUCGACAGUUUUUUUCCGAAACCGAACCUUCGGCCGAAACAUGAUUUUUAUGCCCUAACCGAAACUUCGGUAAGACACUAUACUUCGUUUUGAAAGAAGGUAAACGAUCUUGACGUGUCUUUUAUUGAAAAACACUUUUAAAAGUAAGUGAAAAUGUACAAAAAUAUAUAUAUACUAUGUAUGUUCAUUUACAUUCUUUUGGUUUCAUAAGUAAUAAUUAAAAAGCGUUUUGCAAUAAAAAGACACGUCAAGAUUGUUUACCGUUUUUCUAAUGCAAAAAAAAUAUACAGUCUACCCAUCUUGGAACAAUGGUGUUCAGGGAUAUUUGGGAGGCAUCGUAAAAGCAAUUUUGACAUGUAAGGUUUUUCAGUUAAUUAUUUAUUAUUUAAAUAGAUACAAAUCGUGACAUUCACGACGACACGUGCCUUUAUUCGUAUUGUCAUAUUAUCAAAGGUUAGAUUUGACAAAUCUAAGCGUCAUCGUGGAUGACACGAACUAUAGUUAAGAAUUAUUUAUAACGUACCUACUCUAGAUAUUUAAUGGGGUAAUUUUUAAAGAGAUUUGUCAGGGUAUAAUAACUUGAAUUGUUUGUAGUGAUACAUAGGGUUGUAAGACUGAGGCCACACUGGUGCGUUGUCGCAACGCAUCUAUGUGCCAUGUCUUAAAAAUAUAUGUAAAAGGACGCAGCGUUGACGCUGCGACGACGCUUGCGACGAAACAACGCAACGCACCAGUGUGGCCUCACUCCAAUACAACUUGCGUGUGAAUUCUCGCAACGUCUAAAUGAACCUUGCGUCUCGCAAUAAUUUUAGCAAUAACGGGUCAAUUUGUCAUUAUUUAAAGUUAACCCACUGGAGCGAAAGCGACGAUUUUUUUCGCUGUGCCAAAUAAGGUACACGUAGCAUUAUACAGGGUAACAUCGGAGACGUGAGCAAUAAUAAUGUAUGUAUGUAUGUAUGUCACUUUAUUGCACAUAAAUAAGUUUACACAUAACAAAGUAAAAGAUGCAAGUAUAUGUACAAAGGCGAACUUAUCCCAAUCAAUAAUAAUAAUUAUGCAAUUUUAAUAUAAUUCAACUAGGUUGUUGGGUUCAAACCCUGGCUUGUACCAAUGAGUUUUUCGGAACUGGUGUUCAGUCACCAUCAGAUAUAUUGGAGCGGCCGAGGUGCUCAAAAAUAUCUGAACAGGCACCCUAACGCUGCUGGCUCCCAUUAUUCGUGGCAAAAGCCGGGACAAUGCCAAAAAUAAGAUGCAAUUUUAAUGCAAUACUUAUAUGUUAAUGAUAUGAAACAACUUUUUUUAAAUUUUUGUAAAAACGUUGAAGCUAUUAAAGCAAGUACCUAAAUUUUAUUUAUCACGUUUCCUAUGUCACCUUUUAUUUUAAUAUAAUUACAGGUAGCCCAAAAAUAUGUUGACAUUUUUUGUUAAGUGUAUUGUUGAUAAUUCAGACAAAGGCUUGCGUUUGUGUAAAGGAGAAUAUUUAAAAAUAUAUGUUCUGUUUCUGUUAAAUGUGUUAUAGUUUUAAUUUAAAAUUACAUUUUGUGGAAGAUGUAUAUACUUAUACAAAUUAUUCCUAAAAAAAAAACGUGAACGUAUUUUCAGGCCUCCUGUAUAUAUGCAAAGCUUGGACGGUCUGGUACGGCCAGACAUGCAGGUAUUCGGAGAAUAUUCAUUAUGGCGUCUCUUUCAUUUUCCUUGGGUAGUGAGAGACGUGAUCACGAAUAUUCGCCGAAUCAGGAUAUGUGUGGCCGCACCCUAAGAUAUGGGCCGAAUUAAGAGUUUGCCGAAUACGAACAUUGUAAAUCUUGCCGAAUGCUGAAUAUUAGGCCCAUCUGUAGUCUGUGUUAGUUGUUUAAGAGUAUGAUGAGUUUUUAUAUCCUGUUGAAUUGAAAAUAGUCGAAAUAAUGUUGAAAAUUAUUUUUAUAUUAUAUUUUAAGUAUUGGGUAUUACUAUAAAUAGGUGCAAUAACUAUUUUAACGAUUAACGAAAUAUAUAUUGUAGUUUUAUAA